UGCAAAGGUGAUACAAUUUAUAAAGUUUAUUACUGUUUCUGCUACUAUAUAAUUAGUUACAGAACAACGAAUUCAGAAGCGCCGCUUCAGUUUUAUUCGCGCCUCUCAAGUCCGUAGAACUGCUACCAACACGACUCCCGAAGUGGCCCCAACAGCUGAGGUCCUAUCGAGCAGCCACGCAGAGCUUAUCAAACGUCUGGACGGAAUUCAAGAGGCCCAAAAGGGCAUGUUUUCACUUUUGGGUGGUGUGGACAACCGUCUAACUGCCAUUGAAAAGGCGCUUAAAGAAAAUAUGCCUGAGAAAGCUGAGGUUCAAGCGCAAAGCAAAAUAUUACGUGAAUACAAAGUCAUCGCGGCGCGAACUCAGCUAUCGGUUAGCCGCAUCACAGGUGACAUAGAGGACGAGGAAUACCUAGAGCUUGCCUCCAUGCUUCCCAUGUCAUCAGAGGAGACAUUGCUAGCCGUAAAGACGAAACUCUGUACAAAGGCCAGUAGUGAUGCAUUUAUGCGGCUGUUAGUUAAGUCAAAAGGUGUAAAAGGCAGUGUAGACGGAGUUCUGCGUUCGCUGCUGCACGAUAACUUGGUGGCCGGCUACAAUUUGGAGGGACGUAAAGAAAAAAAAAUCGCUUCUAAAGCUUAAGGCUCUGGACUUGGUUUUCGAUGUCUUUGGGGAGAAAACGAAGGAGCAGACCGUUAAUGAAAUUAGGCGUUAUGUAGCACUUAGUCACAAUAGGUUUAAGCAAAAAAAAAGCACAAACUUAAUUAGAUGUAAAUAUUUAUAUCUUAAGGCCGGU